GCGCUCUCGGCUCCGCGUUGCACUCGUCCUGUUCCGUCCGCUGGUCAGGAUAUGAUGACAGUUGUUUAAGGCUGAGGAAAUGUUUGUGUGCCUAUUGUAAGUGCAAGCAUAUUUUUUUGGACUGGCAGCUGAGGGGCAUAUAUAGUUCGAGAGUUGAAGCAAUGGAUUGUUGUUCUAUCUUUCGCAAUAAGUGGGCAACACGCCAACAAAUUUCUGAGCAUAAUGAAGACAUCCCUUCUGGUACUAAUACAACAAGAUACACUUAUAAGGAGAUAGUAAGAGCAACAGAAAAUUUUAACCCAUCCAAUAAGAUUGGUGAAGGGGGUUUUGGAUCUGUGUAUAAGGGCCGGCUAAAGAAUGGAAAACUUAUUGCUGCCAAGGUGUUAUCUGUAGAGUCAAGACAAGGACUAAAGGAGUUUAUGAACGAACUUAUGGCAAUUUCCAACAUAUCUCAUGGUAAUCUUGUCAGCCUUUAUGGCUAUUGUGUGGAAGGAAACAAGAGGAUCCUUGUCUACAAUUAUCUCGAAAAUAAUAGCCUUGCACAAACACUUCUAGGUUCUGGCCGCAGCAACAUCCAGUUCAAUUGGAGAAGUAGAGUAAAUAUUUGCAUUGGUAUCGCCCGGGGAUUAGCAUACCUCCAUGACUCUGUCAAUCCCCACAUUGUUCACCGCGAUAUCAAAGCAAGCAAUAUACUUCUUGAUAAGGAUCUCACUCCCAAAAUUUCUGAUUUCGGUUUGGCAAAGCUUCUACCUCCAAAUGCAUCACAUAUUAGCACGCGGGUUGCAGGAACAUUAGGUUACUUGGCUCCCGAGUAUGCCAUUCGAGGACAAGUAACACGGAAAUCAGAUGUUUAUAGCUUUGGCGUUCUACUUCUAGAAAUAGUUAGUGGGAGAUCAAACACGAGUACAAGACUAUCCUAUGAAGACCAGAUGCUUCUUGAAAAGUUUCCGGAAGUCACCAAUGGGGUUCUCCUAUUGCAGACAUGGAUGUAUUAUGAACGAGGAGAUUUGGAGAAAAUCAUAGACAGUUCUUUGGGCGAUGACUUGGAUGUUGUACAAGCCUGCAGGUUCCUGAUAAUUGGGCUUUUGUGUACACAAGAUGUCACAAGGCAUCGACCCACUAUGUCAGCCGUCGUCGAGAUGCUAACAGGCGAAAAGGAUGUUGACUCUGGGAAUAUAAGCAAGCCAGCUACAAUUAGCGACUUCAUGGACCUUAAGAUCAGGAGCAUGAGGAGAGAAAAUAACUUAGCUUUCGCUCCAUCCUCCAAGCUGAUAUCCACCAUCAUGGCACAGAAUUCUCCUUUGUUGUCUCAAGAGACAACACGAUGCUCCAUAACAUUCACCGCAAUAUCUGAUCGUGAGUGAUCAGAGGUUGGUCAGAAAUAUGAAGACCAUGUGGACAAGUAGCAUAGCCUAAUACCUUUUUUUCCAGAAAUUUUCUUGCUGGUGUAUAGAUUCACUUCAUUUGUAGUGUAAAAGACAUUGUUGGAUCAAAGAAGUCCAUGAAUUUA